GAAACGAAGAUCUUUACAGAUCUAUAGGUUACUUGAUUUACCCGCAAUAAUUGAAACGAAAAUGAAUCAUUUUACGAAAAGAUUAUGAAACCAGGAAGAUAUAUAGUUAGAUAUACUGUUCCCAGAUAAAACUAAGCAUAUUACAGACUGUAUGAGUUCGAUGAAAAUGGCAGACAACAACACAGAUGAUGAUUACGAAAGUCUUCAAUAUCAGCAGAGAUUAAAAGCAGCACUCCAUUAUACUACAAUGAAGAUAUGCCAACAGCAGUCCUCAGAGUUAGAUGUCGUCUGCACAAAACAGUUGGUAGCCUCAAUAUCAGAAACAGCAUGGAGACAAUGUCAAAAGUUUGCAGAAGAUAUGGAGAUGUUUACAAAGCAUGCCAAAAGGACAACAGUAAAUGCAGACGACAUCAAAAUGCUAACAAGAAGGUCGGGGUCUCUACAUAAAUAUAUAAGUGGUGUCCAUGAGAAAUUAAAUGAAAAUAAACAAGAUGGUAAAAAACAGAAAAAGAGUAAGAAGAAAGCUGGUACAUCAUCAACAACUGUCACUAUGGAAACAGAUGAAGAAUCAAACAUGUGAUUUGCCAAAGAUAUUAUAUAUAAGACUAGAGAGUCAAAUGCAAAAGCAUCAUUUAAACUAUGAAUGAGAUGCACAAAGAGACUGCUUUCUGGUCCAUAAAUGAUCUGACUAAACUGUGUUUGAAUUUACAUAUGCAAUAACUGUUUUAUGAUAAAUAUGUCAGUUUCGUAUGGAAACGAAACUCAGCUUUCCGGUCCAAAACUGAUCUGACUAUACUGUGUUUGAAUUUACAUAUGAAAUAACUGUUUUAUGAUUAAUUUACAUUUAUAAGUUUCAUAAGUACGGCAUAU